GUGUACCCUCCACAACCCCUUUGUCGGUAAAAAGUCAGGUUAGGCGCUGUGAAUGUUCCGUCAACUAGAUGACAUUGUGGAUGUAAAUAAUAAAUAUGGUGGAGUUUGUGUUUGGCUUCCAAAAAAUCGCGAGAAAAACGUGAACUUAAGACAAUUCCCUGCAUUUGUGCAUUGAAUAAACACGCCAUAAAUGGCCAAUCACUACGAAGUUCCCAGCUGGGCCGGUAAACCGCCAGUUGGUCUGCAUUUAGACGUUUUGAAGGGCGACAAGUUGAUUCAAAAGCUCAUGAUCGACCAAAAGAAAUGCUACCUUUUCGGCAGAAACACCCAAAUGAACGACUUUUGCAUUGACCAUGCAUCUUGUUCCAGAGUGCAUGCGGCCUUCGUUUGGCACAAGCACUUGAACAGGGCGUUCUUGGUGGACUUGGGCAGCACCCAUGGCACUUUCAUUGGCAGCUUACGUUUGGAGGGCUACAAACCCACCCAGUUGCCCAUCGAUUCCGGAUUUCAUUUUGGGGCCUCCACUAGAAACUACAUCAUCAGAGAAAGGCCGCAAACCGGAAUCCGGCCUAUCAUUGACGAGAUUGAAAAGGCUGGAGAGGAAACGGAAGGCGGACUGUUGGGCCUGCCUGAAACUGAAACAGAGUUGGAUAACCUGACGGAGUUUAACACCGCUCACAAUCGGCGAAUAUCAAUGUUGGGCAUCAACGAUGACGCGGAGAAGCGGAACAAGAACAGGAAACGGAAACGAAUCACCGUCUCCUUCAACGAGGACGAGGAGAUUAUCAAUCCGGAGGACGUGGACCCGAACAUUGGCCGGUUCAGGAACCUGAUCCAGACCACCGUCAUCCCGUCAACCAAUAAGCGGUCGCGACUGGGCAAUGCUUUGGGCGUGCCACAUCAGACCAAUGCUGACUUCAAAGUACCCAAAGUGCUGAACCAUCCGCAGCAUGAUUUAUAUAACGAUCUGCCGCCGGAAACUCAAGCAACCUCCGGCGUGAAUAAUAUCAGCAGUAUAUACAGUUCCCUGAGUUCAAGGUUGGGCGUGGGGUUGCCGAAUCCCGCACCAGAUGUGGACAUGGGAUUGCCUACUCCCAGUCCCUUUGUGCCUCAGCAAGUGCAAGUUCCCGACUCGUUGGAGCCGAAGAAGAAGAAGUACGCGAAAGAAGCUUGGCCAGGCAAAAAGCCGGUUCAGACGUUGCUUGUGUAAAACUAGUGAGGAAUAAAGAACUCGAUGCGCA